AACAAUGUUUGUGUUUCUACCCGGACACUAAACGUUAGCGGACCAGAGUCACGCCGUGUUCCAGUCAAACCUGUCCGGUCAAUAAUUGGGUGAAAGGUCCAGCGGCAGUGACAGCAGUAAAUACAGUCAUCCCACAGAGCCACAUUCGACCAGGAAGAAGAACGGAAAGCGAAAAUGUCCAAACAGCCGCAGCCGAUCAGCCCGCUGAAGAAUUUCUUCGCAGGGGGGUUUGGAGGUGUCUGCCUGGUGUUCGCCGGACAUCCACUCGACACAAUUAAAGUGAGGUUACAAACUCAACCCAAACCAAAACCAGGGGAGAGCCUGCUCUAUGCUGGAACCAUUGAUUGUUUCAAAAAGACCCUAGUGAAAGAGGUGAGGGAACAUGCUCCCUAGAACUGCUGAAGGAAGGAUGAAUUUCCCAGAAUGCCUGUCUUCUCUUGUGCUAAUCUUUCCUUGUUUUUGUCAUGCCAGGGUGUGAAGGGUCUCUAUAAAGGCAUGGCAGCCCCCAUCAUUGGAGUCACACCCAUGUUCGCAGUCUGUUUCUUUGGAUUCGGGCUGGGCAAGAAACUACAACAGAAAACCCCUGAUGACAUCCUCUCGUACCCACAGCUGUUUGCUGCAGGGAUGUUGUCCGGUGUGUUCACCACAGCUAUCAUGGCUCCUGGAGAGCGAAUCAAAUGUCUUCUACAGAUCCAGGCAGCAGCUGGAGAAGUGAAGUAUGCAGGACCAAUGGACUGCGUCAAACAGCUGUACAGAGAGUCUGGGAUCAGAGGAGUCUACAAAGGCACCGCCUUGACUCUGAUGAGAGAUGUUCCAGCCAGUGGGAUGUACUUCAUGUCCUACGAGUGGCUGAAGAAGGUCCUCACGCCAGCAGGAAAAAGGUGGAUUAAUGUUGAGAUACCAGCUGGGCUCAAGGACCUCCUACAGGGAUACACUGUGGAGGUUCUGCGUCGCAAGCCGCCGGACCUGGUUGAGUUUGCCGUGCAGCAUUUCACGCAAAUCCUGGAGAAUCAAAGAAAUGAGCAACAAGACAACAAAUGCAGCGUCAAAUCAACCAAAAAGGGCGUCACCUUUGAAACAAUCACACCCUCUAAGGAAGAGGGAGAAGAGGAGAACGACUCUGACGAAUCCACCACCAGUAAAUGCAAUCGCAGAGUUUCAGUGUGUGCAGAGCCGUACAACCCUGAUGAGGACGAGGACGACGACUCCGAGCCUCGGGUCGUUCAUCCUAAAACAGACGAGCAGCGCCGCAGGCUUCAGGACGCGUGCAGAGACAUUUUAUUAUUCAAAACGCUGGAUCAGGAGCAGUUCUCCGAGGUUUUGGACGCCAUGUUCGAGGUGCUGGUCAAGCCUCAGGAGCACAUAAUUGACCAAGGAGCCGAUGGAGACAACUUCUACGUCAUAGAGAAGGGUGUGUAUGACAUCUUUGUGCAGAAGGAUGAUGUGAGUGUGUGUGUUGGAAAGUACGACAACAAGGGGAGCUUUGGUGAACUGGCUCUGAUGUACAACACGCCACGAGCUGCCACCAUCGUGGCGACGCAGGACGGAGCCCUGUGGGGCCUGGAUCGGGCCACGUUUCACAGGCUGAUUGUGAAGAACAAUGCGAAGAAAAGGAGGAUGUACGAGGCCUUCAUCGAGUGUGUUCCUCUGCUGAAGUCUCUGGAGCUCUCUGAGAGAAUGAAGAUUGUGGAUGUCCUGGGGGCGCGGGCGUUCCAAGACGGCGAUCGCAUCAUCACGCAGGGGGACAUGGCUGAUUGCUUCUACAUCGUCGAAUCAGGGGAGGUGAAGAUUAUGAUAAAGAGCAAAACGAAGGCGGGUCAGCAGAACAACGCUGAGGUUGAGGUGGCUCGUUGCUCUAGAGGGCAGUACUUUGGGGAGCUGGCGCUGGUCAACAACAAACCUCGAGCAGCGUCCGUUUAUGCGGUGGGAGAAACUAAGUGUUUAGUAAUUGACAUCCAGGCCUUCGAGCGUCUGCUGGGUCCCUGCAUGGACAUCAUGAAGAGGAACAUCUCCCAGUAUGAAGACCAGCUGGUGGCACUGUUUGGCUCCAGUGUAGAUUUGAAACACUAGUCCACAAUAUUAUUCUAUUUCGGUGUGUAUCAGUGAACUGCUGUAGACUGUACAUCAAAGUAGAAGUUGAGUAGAACCAGUGAGUAAAGUCAACUUAAGCGAUCAGUGAAUCCUGAGGACGCAUGGAUUCUCUAACAGUACCUCAGCUUCAGACUCUGGUGAAACCUUUCAUCGGUUCCUAGUUUACCAGUGCCUGUUUAGCUGUAAAUAUGUUGUUAAUACAAUGUCACACAUGGGGCUUUUCCAUUCAAAAUAAUCAGGGAAGGACUCCAUCCACUGUUGCUCACGUCAGGCAAGUCAUUCCUAGUCCUUAUAAUUAUAUUUACUUCUUGAUUUGAUUUUAGAAGAGAAUUGAUUCAAAUUCAGCUUGCAUUUGUAUGGUGGAUCAUAGUUUAGAACAUUGCAGUCUGAAGAACAACACCUGUUCUAUCAUGACCCCACUCUGUUCAGCCAGUCUGCUUUUACUACACUUCUAUUCGUAUAAUUUUAGCAUUAUU